GCCUGCGUGCCCCAUGGAGCCCCACAACCACAAGGUGCAAUUUUGUAGUUCUCCAUGGGCUGGUAAGGCACAGUAGAAUACCCAUGAUUCAUGGCAUCCUGCACCAGCUUCCAAGAAUAUGAGCUCAUUUCACCAUCAACGGAAGCAAGGGGGAGUGAUAAAAGUCCAGCCUUCCGGCGUUCGUCAAUCAGUACGACAUUCUUGGCAAAAUGGCCAUUGAAGAUGGUCACCAUGUGGCAUCGGAAGAAAUUCUUGAGAACGUGUGGGCGAGAUUCAUUGCUGAUGCUCAAAAGAACAGAGGAAAUGAGAAGACAGUUGAAUUGUCCAAAACCUGGGAAGAAUUUCCUAGCGUUGGUGGGAGGGAGGGAUCAAUGGAAAUUCUGCAAAGGCUGCCAAGUCUUGGGAGAUGGAUGUCAAUGGGAGCUGAGGCAUGGGAAGAACUUCUUGAUGGAAUAAUUCCUGCAGGCAAUAUGGAACGGUCCAAUAGCAUUCCUGAUUUAGAAAGCAGUGGUACCACCAGUUUUGGAUCCCAAAUGAACGUUGAGAGUAUUGAAAAGGUGAGUAUCAGACACUAUCGGGGAGUGAGAAGGCGGCCAUGGGGGAAGUAUGCAGCAGAAAUAAGGGACUCAUCAAGAAAAGGAGCUCGGAUAUGGCUUGGGACUUUUGAAACAGCAGAGCAGGCUGCUUUGGCUUAUGACAAGGCUGCUUUGAGGAUUCGAGGACCUAAGGCAUGCCUUAACUUCCCACUUGAGAGGGUUGUCAAAGCUAUGGAAGAAAAUGAUCUGAAUAGUUUGCCUACAUCUUUUCCUACAGGGAAUGACUCUGGUUGCCCAUUUACUGGGUGCAAAGAGAGACUUUGCAAUUCUGGGAAAAGAGUAUCAAGAGAGUGGGAUCAAGAAUUAGUAAUGAUUAAUCAGCCUGCGAUGAAGAAAAUGGGAAGCAUGGAAGAGGCAUUUGGAAAGGAAUUCAAUGUGUUGGAGUUUCAGGAUCUAGGAGGUGAUUACUUGGAAAGUUUGCUGUCCUCUUUUUAACACCAACAGAAAAGGAUAUGACAACAAGAGCUUUAGUAAUAAUAAUGAGUCAUAGGGUAUUGUAUGAGCUUUAGUAAUAAUAAUGAGUCAUAGGGUAUUGUAUCAGUUCUAUGUGAUCGAAAUACCUUAUUCAUAUGGGCUGUCCUGACACAAACUUUGGGAGCCUAUAUUCAUUUGACCAUAUUGUAACCCUAGAGAUUGAUCUAGCGAGACAGACUGGGAAUAUUACUAAGAAUGCAUGCAACUAUAUAAAAACAUUGUUUUUUUUGGGCCCAA